CCGCGACGGCAGGCUGGUAGCUGGCUCGCUCCUCGCGCGGUCCUUCUCUCUCCGCCUUGCUCCGGAGCGCAUCCCUGCCCGUCCGCCCGGCUCGGCCAAACUUGGCUUCGGGACGCCGCCUCGCCGAGCCGUGAUCGCCGCCUGCUCGCCCGCCCGCCCGCUUCCUCGCCCGGCGUUUGCUAUGCCUGCCAUCCUGCUCUUCUGGAGCCGCGUGGAGAGGAAUAAAGAGUCAGCAGCAGCGGCUGGGACCGUCUCCACCAUGGGGAAGGACUAUUAUAGUGCCCUGGGGAUUCAGUCGGGAGCCAACGAAGAUGAGAUCAAGAAGGCCUACCGAAAAAUGGCCCUGAAGUAUCAUCCUGAUAAGAACAAGGAUCCCAAUGCGGAGGAGAAGUUUAAGGAGAUUGCUGAGGCCUACGACGUCCUGAGCGACCCCAAGAAACGGGCUGUGUAUGACCAGUAUGGAGAAGAAGGCCUGAAAACUGGUGGCGGUUCCUCCGGCACGCCUGGAAACACCUUCCACUACACCUUCCACGGGGACCCGCAUGCCACCUUCGCCUCUUUCUUUGGGGGCACCAACCCCUUUGACAUUUUUUUCACCAGCGGCCGUUCCCGGAUCUUCAAUGGCUUUGACCACGAGGACAUGGAUGUGGACGACGACAACGACGACCCUUUCAUGGCCUUCGGCAGGUUUGGCUUCAACGGCCUUAACGGCGUGCACCGGCGGCACCCGGAGCCCAUCCACAUGCGCCGGAAGGUGCAGGACCCGCCCGUGGUCCAUGAGCUCAAGGUCUCCCUGGAGGAGAUCUACCACGGUGCGACCAAACGCAUGAAGAUCACUCGCCGGCGGCUGAACCCAGACGGCAGAACGAUGCGGACAGAGGAUAAGAUCCUGAACAUUGUCAUCAAGCGCGGCUGGAAAGAGGGAACCAAGAUCACCUUCCCAAAGGAAGGAGACGCCACCCCGGACAACAUCCCCGCCGACAUCGUCUUCGUCCUGAAGGAUAAGCCCCAUGCCCACUUCCGGCGGGACGGGACAAACGUCAUCUACACGGCCACCAUCAGUCUUAAAGAGGCUUUGUGCGGCUGCACCGUGAACAUUCCCACCGUCGACGGGCGCGUCAUCCCCUUGCCCUGCAACGACAUCAUCAAACCCGGCACGGUGAAGAGGCUGCGUGGCGAAGGGCUGCCUUUCCCGAAGGUCCCCACGCAGCGGGGAGACUUGAUCGUAGAGUUUAAAGUCCGCUUCCCAGAACGAAUAGCUCCUCAGACCCGGCUGAUCCUCAAGCAGCACCUCCCCUGUUCCUAGAGCCUGCCUGCCUGGCCGCCCGCCCGCUUGACCUCCGGGCAGCAAUCCUUCACAUGCGCGCGCAUGUGCAGCAGCGCCCUGGGCCUGCGCAAGGCCGGGGGUUCAGCCGCGCCUCUCACUGCAAACCUCACCCCCCCCUUUCCUAAGAGUCACUGCCCUGGCUUGUAGGGCUCUCCCUUUCUUUCCUCCCCCCCCCCAGCAGCCCCCCCCGGUUGCAGGGGGUUGCCUUGCUGGGUCUGGUGUGCCAGCUUUGUGUGAGCCUUGAGCCCCGAGCCUGCCCUCUCCCAGCCACGGAGGGCCUUCUGCUUUGUGUAGAGUCUGGCUGGCAAGCCACCGACGAUGGACGUCACGCCAUGGAGUGCGAGGGGGGUGUCCCUGAUGUAAAUAGGACUCUGGCGUCUCCUCUUCCCCGCUUCCUUCCAGGCGGCCUGGGAGGUCUUUCUUAGGGUGCUCUUUCUUUGCCUGGGACCGGGGCAGUGGCUUUGGUCCUGAAGGCAGUCCUUAAGGCCUUGGAGCUGGGGCCAGUCCAAACCUUGGCCCGCUGUGCCCCCCCGUCCGUCCUUUUCCACCGAAAGGAGAUGGGCCCCUCCUAGCCCCUGCUGAGCAGACUUUCUUGGGCUCCCCAACGGAGCCAGGGCUGUACCCGGAAAACGCUCUUGGAAGAUUCGUGCCUCUGCUGGCGAGCCAAGGGCAAUUGCUUGGCUACAAUAAAAUGGGACGGAGAAGAGGGACCCAGCGGCACUCAGAUCAUUUUGGCAGGGCCUCUUCGAAUGGAUGCUCCCCCAGCUUUUACGCCCUUAGGAGCCUUGCAAGAACUGGCCCUUCCUGCGGCCCAUGUUGAGUUCCCCGCUGCGGUUGAUCCCGUCUUCUCUGAGUGGCCAAAGGGAGCUGUUGGCUUGCAGCGUCUUGAGAGCACAAGCGGGGGACGUAAGCGCUUGGGGUCCAAGGCUGCAGGGGGAGGAGGGAAGGAAGCCUCGGCAGGACGGUGUGCAGGGUUGCGUCCGUCCCCACUCAGCCGGACCGCGCGUGGAGAGGGAAUGCGAGAUGCGCAUGGGUAAAGACUGCACCUUUGAAAACGUUUCAGAGGGAAUGCUUUUUUAAAGCAAAACUUAAUCGGUGCCACCUCUGAAUGUUCCUUCGUUGGCAGGGAGAACCCGAGGCCGGGACGUGUUCUUGAGCCUCGCUUUGGGGAAGGUUUAAAGCAGUUUUCCGAAAGGGACUUUUUUCUCUUUCCUUCCCCCCCACCCCAAAUUAAAAUCUGGUGCCAAAACUGUCCUGCGUGAGAGUCCUGACUUUUUUUCUGUUUUUUUUUUUUUAAACAAAAGACACAAACAAUGUAUUUAUUCUGAUCUGACACGGGGGAAGCUGCUUUUGGGCUUUCUCUCAGGUCUUGUUCCCUUUGCCAAGGACAUCUGGCCCCGUCGGGUGGCCCUCGCUUUGGCUGGUUUUUAGAGUUGACCCUGAGCUAAAACUCCUUGAUUUUAUCUGUGGUAGCUGAAGGGAGCGGCUGACCGCCCCGGGCGCAGCCGCCUGCUGUAUAGCUGUACAGAGUCUAACAUGUCCACGUGCCAUUUUUCUUUUGAGAAGAUUAAAACUGUUAGGCAGUGUUGAACUUAUCAACCAGUUUGAAUGGUUAAGACAAUGCCUUUUUUGCCCUCCCCCCUGCAACACGUGUGUGUGUGUUUUUUUAAAGUACAAAAAAACUUAGGCUGAUGACAAGCAGACGAGGGGGGGAGGUAGCCGCGCCAUAGGGUUUUUUCUCCAUUUCUGGGAGACCCUGAGUGGUUUUAUAGUGUUUUUUUUUCUUUUUUGUAUGUCUUCUUUUGUAAUGUCCUGUAUUAAUAUUUAAAAAUAAAGUAUUUUAAAAGUA